AUGUCUGGUUUUAUUCAUGAGUUUAGGCCGGGAUGUGAAGCGGUGUUUCGAUCGGCGUCGUCGCGAAUACGGCAUAAAGUGGUUCACAGGGGAACGGCUGACUUCACCUGCCAUUGGGACGGCUGUGGAAAGAGUUUCAAAUUCAAAGGCAAUUUCAUAUUUGUAAUGCCAAGUGUUGUGCAGUUGUGGGCCAUGGUAUGGGAUGGUGGACAGUGGACAGUGGAUUAUGGUUGUAUUGGGGUAGGAAAGGCACACAUCUGGCACUAG